AUGCCAAAGGAUUCCAAAACUGGUAAGAAGACGAGUACAAGCACUAGCUGUUCGUCAAAAAUCGCCGCUGAUUCCCCUCCUAAUGCCCAAAUAGAUACAAACAACAUGCCUGUCGAAAAUAAAAAACUCGGUGAGCCUAACAGUGGCACAAGCGGAAGACGGAAUCCGCCGCGGAACGGUCGCGCGAAUCGGGUAUCGAACUGUCAGUUGUGUGCUGAGCUGGAUAACGAAAAUAUGGUUCAGUGUGAUAAUUGCGACUUGUGGUACCACUUCACGUGCGUAAACGUGACUGAUGAAAUUCAGAAUGCAGAUUGGAGUUGCUCCAAGUGUGUGACUGCUAAGGAAAAACAGCGAACGACUCCCGCCGCAGGAUGUGGAGAUCUGCAACCCUCACGGUCAGCCCCGUCUCAGCGUACUGGAAGUAGCGGUAGAACAGGGCAAAGUGAAGCUAGGAGAAGACUAAAGUUGCAACUGAUGAUGAUCGAGGAGCAAAAAAAGCUCGAACAGAAGUUUUUAGAGAGAAAAUUCAAAGCUCUUCUUGAGUAUGAAAAUGAUACUUCAACCGUGAUAAGCGAUUCCGGUAGACCGGAGGCAAUCGUUCAAGCAAUCGUGAAAAAGGUUCGCGCCUUACCGUCGCCGAACCUUGACAGGUUAGAGACGGUAGUCAACUUUGCUCUCACUGUGGAGAACCUCGUCGCAACAAUUCAAGUGUGUGAGGUGCAUGAUUUCGUUUACAAUGCUUCGCUACGAUACGAACUGGUGGAACGGCUACCCUCAGCAUUAAAGCUAGAUUGGGCUAAGCAUUCCAGAGAUAAACCCAACCCAAAUUUGCUAGACUUUAGCUCAUGGCUGUACUCAACAGCAGAAGAUGGGAGCGCAGUAAUGCCGUCGGGAAGCGGUGAGUCAAGACAACGUUCCUUCAAAAAGGAUGGAUUCUUGAGCAUGCACUCUAAAAUCGAGUCGAGCAGUAGCAAACCCUAUACGGCGCCAAUGCAGACGAAGCAAACCGCUUACAGCGAGUGCGAAAAGCACUGUCCCAUAUGUAAGAAAGCUUGUGCCAGCGUCCCAAAAUGUAAACGCUUUGCGGAGCUGAGUACCGAAUCGAAGUGGGCUGCCGUGCGAGAGUGCAAGCUGUGCCGAAAAUGCCUACGGAGACACAACGGGUCCUGCAGACAACAAAAGCCGUGCGGUACAAACGGGUGCACCUUCCUUCAUCAUCCUCUUCUUCACUCCGAAAAACAACAAACUAAUAGUUCCCCGACAGUGAUCUCCACAAGUUCUACACCACCGACUAACCCGCAGUUAAGUUGUAACAUUCAUCAGGGCGAAUCGCAAUUCCUGUUUCGGAUACUUCCGGUCAUUCUUUAUGGACCUUCGAAAACUAUUGAAUCUUACGCGUUUAUCGACGACGGAUCCGACAUUUCGUUAAUGGAACAAGAUCUAGCACAAGAGCUAGGUGUUAUAGGGCCAAUGAAAUCGCUAUGUCUCGGCUGGACAGGAGGAGCACACCGAUUGGAAACCUCUUCAGAGUGCGUAAACCUACAUAUCUCCAGUUACGGCGAACAACGAAAGAAGUAUAAGUUGUCCUUAGUACACACCGUAGAAAGCCUUAAAAUUCGGCCGCAAACACUUCGGUACGCCGAUAUUCAAGCAAAGUAUCCAUACCUUGCUGGUCUACCCAUUUCAUCGUACGAGAAUGCCUAUUCUCGGAUUUUGAUAGGCGUGGACAACCUCAGUGUCGGAAACGUACAAAAGAGCCGUGAGGGACGUAUUCAGGAACCGAUAGCCAUUAAAAUGAGAAUCGGAUGGACAAUCUAUGGAAAAUGCGCAACCGAAGAUAAAAUUGAACACUCUGUUAAUUAUCAUUCCGUCAAAGUAUGCCAGUGCAAUAAAGAUCUCGAUGAAGAUCUGCACCAAAUGGUUAAAAGUUUCUUCACACUGGACAGUAUUGGUAUCAGCGAACCUGUGAAACUCCUGCAGUCAAAAGAGGAUGUACGAGCGCAGAUGCUGCUCGAAACAUUAACGAAACCUGGGAAUGGAUGGUAUGAGUCAGGACUUCUCUGGAAGUACGAAAACGUUCGGCUCCCAGAUAGCAAAGAGAUGGCUCUUAAAAGGUGGCAAUGUCUAGAAAGGCGAAUGAUGCGUGAUCCAGUGUUAGCAGAGGCAGUAAAAGCAAAGAUCUAUGAUCAUGUACAGAAGGGAUAUAUCCGUAAACUUUCGGAACAGGAACUGCAAGUGAAACGCUCUCGGGUCUGGUACUUGCCUAUGUUUCCGGUUUUAAACGCAAACAAACCAGGAAAAACAAGACUCGUAUGGGAUGCAGCCGCAACCGCCCACGGGGUUUCGCUGAACUCCGUAUUGUUUAAAGGCCCAGAUUUACUAACCUCCUUGCUAUCGGUAUUGAUCCAGUUUCGCGAGUAUCGGAUCGCAAUUUGUGGGGACAUCCGCGAGAUGUAUCACCAAGUCCACAUUCGCGAAGAGGAUCAGCACUGCCAGAGAUUUUUUUGGAAAGAUGGGACUAACACGAACCCGAGUACAUACGUCGUACAGGUAAUGACAUUUGGAGCCUGCUGCUCACCAAGUACCGCUCAGUACGUAAAAAAUACUCAUGCGGCAAAAUAUGAACAAGAAUAUCCUGCUGCCGUCGAAGCAAUCGUAAAGAGACAUUAUGUCGACGACAUGCUUCUAAGUGUAGAAUUGGAAUCACAAGCGAUUCAACUGUCGAAAGAGGUUAAAAAGAUACACGCGUCGGCCGGAUUUGAAAUCCGCAAUUGGACAACGAACUCACCAGCAGUUCUGAAAGCGAUGCACGAGCCAACAAUAGAGGAGAAAAACCUAAGCGGUGAAAAUUCAUUCGAAAAGAUUCUCGGGCUAUGGUGGGACACCUCAUCAGAUUGUUUUACGUUUAAAAUUUCACCUCGCAUAGACAAGCUUCUACUAUCUGAACGACGUCGACCAACUAAACGGUAG